AUGAAAGGCCACACACACGAGGAUGUCGACCAACUCUUCAGUCGGUUUGGGAAGAAACUUUCAACAAACAAUGUUGUAACAGUUAAAGGUAAACGAAUUACUUGAACAAUCUUUCCUUGGUACGGAUGCAAAAUUUGUGUCGUACAGUGUUUUAUUACCCUUUAAUGGCACUUUAGACUGUGCCUCAGGCUAUAAAGUCCACACAAAUAUAUAAAAUGUCUUGUUUAGCAUACUAUAUAAUUAUAAUUAUAAUUUAAAUACUUACUAAAACUUGAUAUACCAUAGCGUAGACCUCGUGUAAACUAGCAUUAUAGCUAACUGGGGAUCUCUCCUCCAACGCCUUGCAGUUGGUGCAUGCCUUUGUCCUUUGUUUUGGAAAACAAUUCGUACAAUUUUAACUUUUUUAUCCAGUAAAGCAAUAGACCUUAUUCAUAAAUCGUGAUCGAGGCCUCGUAUCCUAGGAAACGGGGAAAAACGCGGGAGAAUUGACAAAAUGUUUUUUUGCUGUCGGCUAUGGCAGCUUUUUUUCGUCAAUAUUACGGCUUUUUUCGAAAAUAAUAUCUAUAAAACUGAGUUUGAAAGUUGAAAAAAAUACUUCUGAGAAAAUAUAACAUGAUAUUUAAAGCAAAAGAUGCUGGAGUCAAUCGAAAAAGGAAACCUUUGACUUUGUAUUAUUGUCGUAGUUUGUAUGGCCAAAACAAACAACCAACAAGGCUACAAAACGUCUAUACAACACCAAAAUCGUAAGAAAUAUGAAACUAUUGUUGAAGAAAUAAGAUUACAACUCACUCAGGUAAUGUAGCCUUCAUUUUUUAAACUUGUAAGCUGCUUGCAGAAUGUUAUCGAGCCACAGCCAUAGUUCAUAUUUUCCCGUACGAAUCAAUGACAUUUGACGUUCUCUUGUGAUUUUUGACCUGUUGUUUUCUUUCAUAUUAAUGUCAAAUUCGAAAAAUUAUACUUUCAUUCCAUAGUUGUCUUGAUUUUUCACGGAAUAACCUUUAUAUUGACGUUAAAAUCUCAGUAAAAUACUGUUUUUCGCUUCUGUAUAAACACUGUCGCUACGUUGUCAUUUUUUCCACACAAAAACGGGAGAAAAACCGGUCGCUUUUAUAAUAUACUCGUUUACCGCUUUCGUUGUGGGCACAAAGUCUUCAAAUACACACAAAAAGCGUUAUAAAUCGCAAAAAGCAACAAGAAACAAGCCGUUGAAGUCGAUAUAUAGCAUCUGAAUUUGGCUUGUCAAGCAGUUUUCGCUUGUUUUCCCGCGUUUUUUCCCCGUAUCCUAGGAUACGAGGCCUCGUCACGAUUUAUGAAUAAGGUCUAUACUUAUCAAUUUAAAAAACUUACACGAAGUUUCUAACUGAAGCCGAGUAAAACCCAGCAGUAUGAAAGAUUGGGGCGAGUAUAAAAAUGAAAUAUGGCGACGAAACGCAAAAAAAAAUAAAGUACAGUAAUUUAUAAUUUUGCUUCGAAGUUUAAAGGAUUAUUUCGGGAACAAAAGAAGAGCUUUCGAAGAUUCCGACAUUUAAAACACAGAAAUGUUUUUAUGAGUGAGUGUAUAAAACCGUUUCUAACAUAUUCAUAUUAAAUUUUUGUAUACGUUUCUAUAUAUAAAAUAUUAAGACCCAAAUUCAUCUCAGCCUGAGUGUAUUACUCAGUAUAGAAUCCUAUUGGCUAUAAUUCUAGUUUAUAUACCUUAAAUUGUGUUAAUUUAUCACUUUAGAUCUUUUGUCUGAUUGCCUUUUUAGAUUUGCUAUCACUUUUCAAGGAGUCUUACACCCCCACUCCAGAGACUGUGUUAUUGGAUAGCAUGUUUAAUGUGAGGGAAUGGCUAAAAACCAUAAAUCCAAGCCUGCGCAAUAUAUCCAACCCUCACAUUUUUGUUAUUGUGAAGAAUGGAAAAGGUGAUGUUGUGCUACGCUACAAACAUUGGAGCAGAGACACAGAAUGGAAACCUUCAAAAGAUCCAAAUAAAGGAAUUGUGAUGCUUACUGCAGUAUGUAUUUUGAAAUACUGAACUCAUGUGGUUUACUAAUAUCAUACGAUUAUUUUUGCCACUUGCCCCUGUAUGGUGGUUAAUUAAAACAAUAGUAUGGCCUGUAUGGUUUUUUUUCUGCGUUGGUGUUAUGCACUCAGGUGAAUAUGAUGCUUGUGAUGUUACUCUGAGCGUAUGUUACUCUGAGUGUAUAUGCCUGAUCGAGAUUUGGAGUCACCAUCGCUCUAUAAUUAGCAAGCUUAAAUCUAGUAUGUGGACAUGACAAAAAGACAGUUACUUACGCUUUUCCCUGUGUGGAUAUACACUCAUAGUAACAUCACAAGCAUCAUGAUGGAGACAUUGCUGGAGUACUGGCAAAUUGUAUUUAAAUUAAUCAAUAAGCCAGUAAUUAAUUGCCAAAUAAUUUGCAUAUAUAUGAUAGCAUGACCAGUUGCAUAUUUCAUUAUAGGAUGUGCUCAUUCCUACAGUACCUCCAGACUACGUGCCAUCAUCACCUGACAAUGUUGAUAUAGAACGCCUUAAACGAGACAUUCCAAAGUAUAUCGACAACUCAAGGGUUGUUACAGAUGCUCAAAGAUCGUGGUGGGCUGAAUUUUUUUCAAAUUCUGCUGAAACAUAUGGUGUUGGACCAGCAAAAUCAUCAACUUGGCUAUUGGAUGACCUGCAGCUUAUAAAAGAAAGGGGCAUUACCAGAGCUGAACAUACCGAUAACCAACAUCCAACAGUACAAGAUCAAGAAGUGCCAAAUCCAUGCAGCGUAGCAGCCCAGAUGAAUGAGAUGGUGCAGGGUCAGCUAGGUGACAUUCCUGAGGUAUAAAUGAGUUCCAAUGUUUUAUGCUCUGUAAAAUUUCUUGAUGGCCUGUGUUCUUUUCAAACCUCAUCACCAGUAAGAAUUUAUCCAGGAUUCUUUUCAGGGAUUUUUUAGGGCCGUUAAACGGCCCAAAAAACCCAUCUUGAAUUGAGUUUUGAAACUCAAUCUUCUCACCAAAGUUUCUGUGCAGUAAAAAUGAAGUUUGAGUUAAAUUCGUGACGUGUGGAAAUUAGUUUUCAGUUGGAAACCCGACAAUUAAGAAAAAAUGGCUGGAAUUCAUCUCACAACACAAGAAAAACUAUGCAUUUGCCAUCUUUAACCAGUUUAUAGUGUCCCUCAAUGCCCCUGUUUUAACACAUUCCGUCUCAACUACAUUUAUUGAGUACAAGUGUCAGCUCCCCGGUAGGGGUGGGAGGGGGGGAGGGGUGCAACCACCACAGCUGUUCAGCUAAACUCAAUCUUCUCUCCAAAAAUGGACCCAACAGAAAAUCCUGGAAAAAACCCUGUUAUCAUACUAGCAUAUAUCCUGUAGUACCGUAGUAAUUUGUGGUAUCUAUUAUAAUAUAUAUAGGUUUACACAGGAUCUUACGUAAAGCCUUCUGGGAUCAUUUCAGUGGACAACAUUUGGGAUCAUGUUAUAGUUGAUGGAUUUGUGGCUGUUUCCCUUGAAGGAUACAAAAACGUGCCUGUCAUUGCAAAAGUAGUGAAAACAGAGACCGAGACAGUAACAAUACAUUAUUGGAAAGGAUCUUGGAACAAGAAAUGGCAACCUUGGCUUCUCUCAAAUGGUGAUCCAUGGACUGAUGUCCUGCCAAAAGAUUGUGUAUAUUUGACAGCAUUUGAACUGAUUGAUGGUAAACUACAGCCUGAUACGAAACGACAAAUGAGAACCUUCUUGAAGCAAGCUAUGAAGGAUUAA